GCAUCCAUCAGCAAGAUCAUCACCGAUACCGGCAUCGAUACCGGCAUCGAUACGAGCGAUUCGGACGCCGACACCGACAACUCAGACACCCGCCCACCAGCACCGUCGUAGUCCCCGCAGCCACGCCAAGCCAUCAUGUCGUUCCUCACCUUCAACCGGGAGAUUCAGCUGGGCGACAAGGUCCUCUGCUACAUGGGCCCCGAGUCCAUGUGCAUCCUCACCAUGAGCCAGGAAGGCUCGCUGCAGAAUCGAUUCGGCGAGUUCAAGCACCAGGACAUGAUCGGACAAAAGUGGGGCACCAAAAUGCCGUCCAAGACCGGCCGCGGGUUCAUCUAUCUGCUUCAGCCUUCACCCGAGCUAUGGACGCUGUGCCUGCCUCACCGCACCCAGAUCUUGUACAUGCCCGAUAUUUCGUUCGUGAGCACGUUCCUGCAGCUCAAGCCAGGGGUCAAGAUGAUAGAAUCAGGAACGGGAAGCGGAUCGUUUUCCCACUCGAUUGCCAGAUCGAUUGCACCAUCCGGCCACCUCUUCACCUUUGAAUACCACGAGGAGCGUGCUGCCAAAGCUACGAAGGAGUUUGCGGACCACCAACUGGAGCAUCUUGUUACGGUGGAGUGUCGCGAUGUCUGCAAGGACGGCUUUGGCAUCCAAAACCGAGUCACUGCAGUGUUCUUGGACCUUCCGGCGCCUUGGGAAGCGAUUGCCUCGGCCAAGGCCGCCUUCAAGUCCAACCGGAUCGGUCGACUGUGUAGCUUCAGUCCGUGCAUCGAGCAAGUGCAGCAGACUUGCAAGGCUCUGGCCGAGCAUGGGUUCAAUGAUAUUCGCAUGAUGGAAGUGCUGAUCCGCCCGCACGAAGUUCACUCUGUCGUUGCGUCGCUGCUGCCAGACAUGAGACCUGUGUCUGUCGGCGUCAAGCGAAAGGAGAUGGACGACCCGGACGAGCCCUCGGCAUCCAAGCUGGACGAGAGCAAGUCGUCGCUUGAUGAGAAUAGCGAGCCCAAGCUGCUUGGCGAUGACGGGGCCAAGAAAUCAGAACGCAAUUCCAAGGAUGCCCUCGUUUCGAGAAUCACCAAGGAGGUGCGAGGACACACCUCCUAUCUCACCUUUGCCACGCUCUAUCCCUCUGCCGACUCUGUAUCUUCGAGUGAGCCCCAAUAGAUUGUCCCGUUGGCGAAAGCGGAGCCGGUGCAGCUGUGUCUGGCGAAUGUGCUGAAGCCAGAUAGAGCUCCCUCGGGCACAGCAGGAUGUCCCAGCCAUGCGCAUAGUUGGUGCUUUAUGCCCGAUGGCUUCGGUGCCCC